AUGCUGGAGAACAUGUCCAGACGUAACCGCUCCCUGCUGUCGCUGUCCCUCACCUCGCUGGCCCUCACGCUGUCCGUCUCGGCGUUCUGCACCUCCUAUUGGUGCGAGGGAACGCACAAGGUGGUGAAGCCCCUCUGCCUGUCUCCGGUCAAGUUGAGGAACUGCGGGCAGAACAACAGCCAGCCGUACACCACAGAGACCCCCACCCCUGACCCGAGGCAGCAGCCGACCAACGUGACGCUGUCUCCGCUGCAGAAAGAGGAGCUGGCCAGGAUCAAGAAGAAGCAGAUGGCCAACGCCGUCCAAUACAUCUGGGAGACGGGCGAGGACAAGUACAUGCUGCGCUCCUUCCACACCGGCUUCUGGCUCUCCUGUGAGAAGCACAAUGAAGGUGAAGAAAAGUGUCGCAGCUUCAUCGAGCUGACGCCAGGAGAGACGCAAGGCGUCCUCUGGCUCUCAGUCAUCAGUGAGUUCAUGUACAUCGGUCUUCUGGCCAUGGGCUUCCUGCUGAUGUGUGUGGAAGUGAUUUGCCUCUGUGCCAAGAGGGAGAUGAACGCCCUCAAGAUCAACGCCUUCGCCGCCAUGUGCACCGUCCUCUCGGGUUUGAUGGGGAUGGUAGCACACAUGAUGUACACCACAGUGUUUCAGAUGACCGUGAGCAUCGGGCCCAAAGACUGGAGGCCACAGACUUGGGACUACUCGUGGUCUUUUGCGAUGGCGUGGCUGUCCUUCAGCUGCUGCAUGGCGGCCGCCGUGGCCACGCUCAACUCCUACACCAAGACCCUCAUAGAGAUGAAGCACAGGGCCCGGGUGAGGCUGGAGGACGCUCGCGCCGCCGUCUGCGCCCCCUCCUACGAGGAGGUCGUUCGAGCCGGCGGCGGAGGCGUUUACUCCGUCAGUCAGCUGAUCCAGCUCGGCCAGCAGGGGGCGCUCAUGGACCCUCUGUGGCCCAGAGGAGUGGGACCGGCCGUCGGACCCCUGGCGCUGGUGGACCCUCACGGUGUGGUGGUGGUGGAGGGAUGCUGCGUUGAAGGAUGUGAAGACUGUGAACGGGAGAUGGACGAGAUAGAUUACGCUCUGCAGGACGAGAGAGAGGACUCACUCUGCUGA